GAAAGGCACGAUCGCGCUCUCUGUCUCUCUCUCGUUUGUCAACUUCUCUGCGAAGCAAAAGCGCCAAAUAAAAAAAUGGCGGCUUUGUUUUCCCCCUCUUUUCAAAAUCCUUCUUGAAAAGCAAAAACCGGAUCCUCAAUUUUCCCUCUUUUUUAGUCUUUUGGCGCUUCAAUUCUCAAAACCGUAAGAAACCCAAAUCUAUUUUUCGAAUUCAAAUCGUGCAAAUCCUGGAGCCAGUGAAUUCUACCAUUAUCAGCUGUCUUUCCGUUCGUAAAAUUAUCUAUUCGGUAUUGAUUGAAAUCGGGAGGCUCGCCUCUCUUUCUAUUACCCUAAUGGAGACCAUUGUCUCUAAAGCCCUCCAGGAGGACUCUGAUCGCAUGGAGUCUGUUGUUUCUUGCCCGAAUUUUGAUGGGUCUUCUCCAAUUUCGCCUUCAAUCGUUGUUUCAGUUGAAGCAAUUGAUGGGUCUGCUUCCUCUCUGCAAAUGGAAACCCUAGACGGUGAUUCUAUUAGGUCUUCACCUUCGAGCCCUGAUAGGGUUUUGGCGAUUUCUUCGGGAGUUCCUGAUUCUGAUGAAAACCUUGGUGGGUCUUCACUUGUUGAAACCCUAGCUGAUCAAUCUUUGGUUUCUUUACCGCCAAAUCCAAUUGGGUCGCCGCAAUCUGCUCCUUUUUCAUCAUCUAAUGACGGUGUCUCUUCAUCCUCUUCCGAAAUCGAGAACCUAGAUGGUCAUACUUUGGUCCCAUCAGUGUGGAAACCGACCGAGCCUGCUCUUCUGGAAGCCCAAGACUGCUCAGCAAGCCCAAAGAUGUCUUCAUGGACGGUGGCUCAGCAUCCACUAAGGUGGCCUCUUCAAAGAGUCAAUCCAAUUCGUUGGUCGUCUUUGCGGAGAGAGCUCCAGAAAGAUGAUUCAGACCAACCAUUAUGUCUUCUAGACAAUGGCGAUGAAUUAAACCCUUCUGAAGACUGUAUACUCCUGAACAGUUUUAAUGACCGUCCAGGGUAUGUGCAGAGGCGUAUAACCUCCCAAUGGCCUCAUCAUUGGAGUCCAUGGGAAAGCAGAAAUCGAUUUUGCCUUGAAACAAAGCCUACUGGGGUGGGUGCUGGGCUUGAAAAUCUCGGUAAUACUUGCUUCCUCAAUGCAAUCCUGCAAUGCUUCACACACACUGUGCCUUUUUUACAGCAUCUUCGAUCUUACAGUCAUGAAAUGCCGGAUGAUUGCACUAAUGACGGAUUCUGUGUAAUAUGUGCUUUGCGCGAGCAUGUUGAUCUUGCCCUAGCCUCCUCAGGGAAGAGCAUAUCACCUUUGAAAUUAGUUGACAAUUUGAAUUACUUUUCAUCUACAUUCCAGAGAAACCAGCAGGAAGAUGCUCAUGAAUUCCUGCAAUGCUUCCUAGAAAAACUUGAGAGAAGUUGUUUGAAUUCAAAGGCAAGUGGUGAGAGUUUGCCUUCAAAAGAUGAUAACAUAGUGGAUCAAGUUUUUGGUGGUCGUCUUGUGAGCAAGCUGCAGUGUUGCAACUGCGGAGACUAUUCUGACAAAUAUGAGCCCAUGAUUGACCUAAGCUUGGAGAUUGAAGAUGUGCAUACCCUCUUGAGCGCUCUGGAUUCUUUUACUAGGGUGGAAAAGAUUGAAGAUCCAGAAGCUAGGAUUAAAUGUGAGAAAUGUAAUGAAAUGGCAUCAAGGGAGAAGCAGCUGAUGCUGGACCAGGCCCCUAAGGUUGCUGCACUCCACUUGAAGAGAUUUAAGACGAAUGGUUGCUUUGUUCAGAAGAUUGACAAGCAUGUGGAGUUCCCACUGGAACUAGACCUGAAUCCCUACACCAGUGGACAUCUUCUAGAUAAUGACCAGGUUGAGUUGAAGUAUCAACUGCAUGCGGUUGUGGUGCAUCGUGGUUACUAUUCUACAUCUGGGCAUUACUUUUGUUACAUACGAUCUGACCUCGGCACAUGGCACCAGUUGGAUGAUUCAAUGGUCUAUACAGCUACUGAAGAAUUUGUGCUAUCUCAGAAUGCUUAUAUUCUGUUUUAUGCCAGAGAGGGUACACCAUGGUUUUCAAAAUUUUGGGAAUCACAAAAGCCUUCCUUGGAUUUCGGUUCUUUUAAUACGUCACCCAAGUCAGUUCUUGAUGAUGUGGAUGGUGAAAGUACCAUGCAUUCUAACUCUGCAAAACUUGGGAAUUGCACCUCCUAUAAAUCCAUAGAUAGCGCUGAGGAGAAUCUGACCAACUUAUCUUGUAGAAGUAAGCAGGAAGAGGAAAUUAAGGAUACUGAGGAUGUAAUUGCUACCUGGUUCAAUGCUGAACCAGGACUUAAUGGAGCAAGUCAUUCUUGCAAUGAGUCUGGAGGCGACUCCCUCAUGGUUGAUGCUUUAGUGCCACCCAGCACUACAGAUGGCUGCGAACAGAUUUUGGGGGAUGAUUUUUGUAGUACGCAUUCUCUUGAAGAAAAUGACUGCACCCAGGAUCCUGACACAGGUGUGAAGAUUGAAGGUCUUCUUCCCUCAACACGAUUGAAAUCCCGAAGUUUGGAUGUAAAUCAUGGAGGGUCUUCAGAAUCCAAUUUUCGUUUACAUGGUCAUCUGAAGGUGGGGAAACAAUCAACUAAUAAGAAACCAUUGAGGAAAUCACGAAAGCAUUCAGAGAAAGUCGAAGCUUUUAGAUACCUAAAUAGGUGUGGGAACUCUUCAAGGAAAACGGCGUUUAUGGCUGCAUUACGAUAAUCACCACACUGACAGGAUGGUCAGCCCUUGUUGUGCUUGCCAUAGGAACUACCAUGCUACUGUUCGGCUUUGUGACAAAGCUUUAUUCAAAAGUUGUGAUGUUGCAUAAUUAGUUUGCAAGUUCUAGGCCAAUAUACAAGUAAAGAGAUGUUUAGUGCAAACUGUGUAUACUUGAGAUGUUGCUCUUCCAAUGUUCUUUUUUAAUCUUGUGAACUGAAACCUGGGCAGUUGAUCUGUCUUCUUACAAUUGGUUAUCUUUUUAGGGUUAGUUUCUUA